UAGUCGUAAGUUAUUUAUUAUUAUUAUUAUCAUCAUUUUUUAUUAUCUUUUUGAGUUAGUAAAUUGUAAAAAAAGUAAGAUGGAACCUCAAUUUCAAUUUCCGUUCGAACCUUAUGAUAUUCAAAAGAAAUUCAUGAGAGAGCUGUACGAUACAAUUAAUAACCAUGAACUUGGUAUUUUUGAAAGUCCCACUGGAACUGGUAAGUCGUUGAGUAUUUGCUGCGGUGCAUUACAAUGGCUCAAAGACAACAAUAAAAAAGUUGUAGAAGAUUUAGAAAAGGAAAUAGCAAUAUUAAAAGAAAAAAAUUCUGAAGUUUCAGUUUCCGAUGACUGGCUCCAGGAAGAAUAUCAUAAAAUUCAAAAUAAUCAAACAAUUGCCAGUUUGCAAUUAAAAUUGGAUAAGUUGAAAAAGAGAGAGGAAUAUUUUAAUGAACUUAAGAAGAGAGUAGCAUCAUGUAAGUCAAAUAUUAAUAAAAUAGAUCACUAUUUUAAAAAACCUACAGAAGUUUCUGAAGAUAAGGAAAAUAAAGUAGAAAAAGAUUUGGAUGAUGAUUUAAUGAUUGAAGAGAUAGAUGACCAAGAAGAUGACUCUGAGCAUGAAGAAUUAGAAGAAUAUGAAAGUGAUCCUAUAACAAAGAUAUACAUUAGUAGUAGAACACACAGUCAGCUAUCUCAGUUUGUUGGUGAAAUUAAGCGUACAGUGUUUAAUAACAACAUUAGAGUAGUAACAUUGGCUUCGAGACAACAUUACUGUAUAAACUCAGAUGUUAAUAAAUUGAAGAAUGUCAACUUGAUUAAUGAGAGGUGUUUAGACUUGCAAAAGUCCAAAACAAAAUCAACCUUAACUGAUGAAGAUGGAAACACCUUAAAGAAAACCAAAACAAAAUCAUGUACAGGAUGCCCUUUUUAUAAUCAGAGUAAUAUUACAAAACUUAAGGAGAGAUUACUGGUUGAUAUUAUGGAUAUGGAAGAUCUAGUAAAGUGUGGCAAAGUGCUAAAGGCAUGUCCAUAUUAUGCUUCUCGAAUGGCGUUAGAUGAAUCUGAGGUUGUCCUUAUAAGCCAUGCUGGCAUACUGAGUAGUGGAGCUAGAUCGGGAAUAUCACUAAAACUAAAAGAUAAUAUUGUUAUAUUAGAUGAAGCACAUGGCCUUACAGCUGCCUUAGAAAAUGCAUAUUCCGCCCCAGUUUCUGGCAAACAACUGAAGUGCCUAAAAACAUUCCUACAGUUUUAUAUAAAUAAGUAUAGAUCUAGGUUAAGUAGUAAGAAUCUGUUGCUGCUCAAUCAAAUGAAUUUUGUUGUUGGAAGAUUAUUGAACCUUUUAAACACAAAAGAUGGUGAAACGAAUGAAGCGAACAUUUACACACUUGAAGAUUUCGUCAUAAAAGCUGAAAUAGACCACAUGAAUUUACGUCCUUUAGUCGAAUUUUGUAGACAAACACGUUUGGCGCCUAAAUUACAUGGUUUCUCUAUGAGAUACAGUCAGCAAGAGUUAGAGGAGAGUGAGAAAGUAAAGCAAGUGGACAAGAAGAGAUCUUUUAAAGACUUUCUCAGCAAUAUAUCUAAGAAGACGGAUAAGGAAAAGGUUGUUGAGGAGAAACAAGUUGAGAAACCCAUGAUUCAGCAAUCAGAAAACAGAACAUCAGCCGGCAGCGCGCUAUACGCAGUGUUAGAUCUAAUAGAGAUGUUAUGUGCACGCAGCGCCGCGGGGCGAGUGCUAGUGCAGCGGGAUACAAGUGACGCCGCGUUGCGUUACUUGCUGCUGGAUACUGUGGACCGCUUUGCGGACAUUGUGCAACAGUGUCGAUCGGUGAUAGUGGCCGGCGGGACUAUGGAGCCGGUGGGCGAGUUCCGCGCGCUGCUGCACAAGGGGCCCACACGCGUGCGCGAGCUGCAGUGCGAGCACGUGGUGGCGCCGGACCACGUGCUCGCACUGUGUAUGUCGAAAGGACCCUCUAAUUGUGCGCUUAACUUCUCGUAUGAACAACGAAUGGGGAAGGAGUUGCUCGAUGAAGUAGGACGCAUUCUGCGUAACAUAUGUUCCAUAGUGCCCGGUGGGGUUGUAUGUUUCCUACCAUCAUAUUCGUAUGAACAGGUGGUCUAUGAACAUAUGAAAAAUACCAACGUUAUAGAUGCUAUAUCGAAGAAGAAAACUGUGUUCCGUGAACCGAAGUCAGCAGCUGAUGUUGAUCAAGUACUACAAAAAUAUGCAGCAGCGAUUAACAAUAAAGAUUCCGAAAAAACGGGAGCGUUAUUACUUAGCGUGGUUGGUGGCAAACUCAGCGAGGGACUUAAUUUUAGUGAUGAUUUAGGACGGUGCGUGUUAGUGCUCGGCCUGCCUUACCCCAACGUGAAAUCUCCAGAAUUGAAAGAAAAAAUGAAUUAUUUAAAUCAAGCAACGCCGGGCGCCGGAUCCCAGUAUUACGAAAAUUUAUGCAUGAAAGCUGUAAACCAAUGUAUUGGCAGAGCAGUGCGUCACAUAAACGAUUAUGCAACUGUGUUGUUGGUCGAUGAAAGAUAUUCACGACCAAGUACUAUCGCAGCUCUACCCUCUUUUGUUCAGAAAUCGUUGACACCAAAUUGUACUUUCGGUCAGACGGUCAGCAGUAUCGCAAGGUUCUUUUCGAAGCACAAAAAUAAAACACAAUAAACAA